AUGGUUACACAGUCAAGAGAACAGCGUCUCGAGACACUCCGCGCCUCAAUAAACAAUCUCCAAAGCCAACAAGCCCAGUUAGAAGCCGAAAUAGCAGAGAUCGAGAAAACACUCAAAAAUGAUUCCUCAGAGACUGUGAAACGGCAUAUCCGCCUCUUGCACGAUUACAACGAGAUCAAGGAUAUCGCCCAGGGUCUGAUGGGUCUUAUUGCUGAAGCACGGGGGGUACGACACGUUGAUGUGCAGCGGGAGUAUGGGGUUAAGGAGCAGGAUUGA